AGGAGGAGGUUAUGCUCAUUUUAUAUAUACUCUUUGUGACCAGGUGACAGGAGAAACAGCCCCCGAGAGCUAAUAUGGCUGACAUUAAAUGUCAGACAGCUAGUUCCUGUCCCAAUGCUGAAGGUAGAAGACAUCUGGAGGGCAAACAGACAAAGAGACAGCAGGUGAAAACCUUUGGGCCGUGUGGUAACGAGAAUGACAGCAAAUUGGCGACGUACAUGGAUCUAGUGGACGGCGUGUUCCUCAACAAGAUAAUGCUCCAGAUUGAUCCGCGGCCGUCAAAUCAGCGAAUCAACAAGCACGUCAACAACGACAUCAACCUGCGGAUUCAGAAUCUCGCUAUACUGGUGCGACACAUCAAGACCUACUACCAGGAGGUUCUGCAGCAGCUGAUCAUGAUGACUCUGCCCAAUAUUCUGCUGAUUGGUAAAGACCCUCUUUCAGGGAGAAGCAUGGAGGAGAUGAAGAAGAUUCUGCUGCUGAUGCUGGGCUGCGCCGUGCAGUGUGACAGGAAAGAGGAGUAUAUCGAGAAGAUCAAGCAGCUGGAUAUCGAGACGCAGGAGGGAAUCGUGUCGCACAUCCAGGAGGUGACCCACAACCAGGAGAACGUGUUUGAUCUACAGUGGUUGGAUCUCCCGGACAUGGCUCCCGAGGAGCUGGACUCGCUCUCCAGGAACAUGGCGCUCCACCUCAAGAGACUGCUCGACGAGAGGGACGACUAUAAAGAGGUGAUUGUAGAUCUCACCCAGGAAAGGGAUUAUCUCCAGUCUCUGAAUCCGGUCAAGUCUUCGAGCCCAGAUGUAUCGUCCAACGUAGUCAACCAUUAUUCCACGGAGGACAAGCAGCAUCUGGCGGUUGAGCUGGCAGACAGUAAAGCGAAAUUACGACGGCUACGGCAGGAAUUGGAAGAAAAAUCUGAGAUUCUCUUGGACACUAAACAUGAAGUGGAAAGACUCGGCCUGGAGAUUCAAAGACUCAAACAGGAGAACACCCAGCUGGCGGCCGAGGCUCGCACCGCACGCACCUACAGGGAUGAGCUGGAUUCGCUGAAGGAAGCGGCCAGCAAGGUCGACCGACUGGAGAGCGAACUCAUCCGAUGCAGAGAGAAGCUUCACGACGUGGAAUUCUACAAAGCGCGGAUGGACGAGCUGAGGGAAGAUAAUCUGAUUCUCAUCGAAACGAAGACUCUGCUGGAGGAGCAGUUGGAGACGGCGCGGGCCCGGACCGACAAAGUGCACGAGCUUGAGAAGGACAACCUACAGCUGAAAUCAAAGAUCCACGACCUGGAGCUGGACCGAUUCUCGGACAAGAACCGGAUCGAGGAGCUGUUGGAGGAGAACAUGGUGCUGGAAAUCGCUCACAAGCAAAGCAUGAACGAGUCGGCGCAGCUGGGCUGGGAGCUGGACCAGGUGUCCAAGAGCAGCGACCUGUCUGACGCCAGAAAAUCCUUUGUGUUUGAGAUGAACGAGUCGGCGUCGAGCCGCAUCCUGAAGCUGGAGAAGGACAACCAGAGUCUCCAGCAGAUCAUUCAGGAUCUACGAGAAGCCUCCAUUAAUCUGGAGGAGAGCAGCCUUAAGAGCCAAGAACUGGAGAAGGAGAACCAGCAGCUCAAAAAGAAGAUUGAAAACCUGCACUCUCAAAUUGAGAAGGAAAAACAGAGCAGCGCCGACUUGGAGAGUCUUGGGGAAGAUUUACUGAAGGAAAAGGAAAAGCUCUCUCGAAUUCUGGACAAUGUUAAAUCUGAGAAGGAAAAGCAGAUUAAGGAGCUUGAACAAGAAAAUAAACACUUGUCUCAGGCAAUGGCGGCUUUAAGACAAAGGGCCCAAGAAAGUACCGACUCAAGAGUCAAAGAUGUUGAGAUGGAAAAUAAGAUGCUCCAUGAGACAAUCACGGACACCAGCAGUAAGCUGAACGAGAUGGAGCAUGAGAAGAAGCAGCUGCAAAAGGCAUACAAUCAGGUGAAGGACAAGGUGGAAAAAGUGGAGGAGAUGGAGAAGGAGGUCCGACGGCUGGAGAAGCAGAAUGAAAUGUUGACCAAGAAGAUGUCCUCCGUGAAAAUCAUAGAAGAGAAGGUGGAGAUUCUGGAGAAAGAGAAUGGAAAGUUGGAAAGUGAGAACAGAAUAUUUAAGAAGUCUCUAGACACGCUGCAGAAUCUCUCUAUCCGUCUGGAGGUUUUGGAGAACGAGAACAAGCAGCUGGACGAGGAGAACGUGGAGCUCAGGAGAGCGGUGGAAGCCAUGAGGUUCUCCUGUGCCAAGAUCACCCAGAUUGAGAGAGAGAACAAUGAUCUCCAGAAGGAGAAGGAAGAUCUGCAGAAGAACGUAGAGAUGCUGAAGGCACUGGGGAAAAAGUCAGAGCGUCUAGAAGUGAGCUACCAAGGCCUAAGUGAGGAAAACUGGAAGCUUCAGCAAACGGUUAAGGCUAGAAAUAAGAAGGUGACUGAGCUGGAAGUGGAGCUCAAGGACAUUGAGAAAGAAAACAAAGAACUGCAAAAGACAUUGGAGGAGAUGAAGAUAUCCAGCAAGAGGUUGGAAAGAUUGGAACAAGAGAAGAUCAUCAUGGAUCAGGAGAUGACGCAGCUGGAGAAAGACAAGAAGAUGUUGGAGAAGGAAUCAAAGAGGUUUUGGCAGCAGGUGGAGUUGAAAGACGCCAUAUUGGAUGACAAUACUGUCAAGCUGGCCGACUUGGAGAAGGAGAACAAAACACUAGAGAAGGAAGUUUCAAAGCUAAGGGAGUUGUCUUCUAGGACCCGAGAACUAGAGAAGGAGAACAAAGACUUGGUGCAACAACUGACUGUGGAUAAGAGGACACUGGCGACACUAAGAGAGGAUCUGGUAUUGGAAAAGUUGAAAACCCAACAAAUGUCGAGCGAGUUGGACAAAUUGAGCUUGGAGCUGGAGAAGAUCGGAUUAAAUAAAGAGUUAAUGCUGCAGGAUGAGAACAGUAAUGCCGAAAAGAAAUACAGGGUUCUGGAAAAUAAGAUUGAAUCAACACUAAAGACAACUUUGGCUGUAAAAGAAAGUAAAAUUCAGACGCUUGAGGUUCAGGUGGAUGAGGUUCGGAACCAUAAUCAGCAACUUCAGAAUGAGCUGAAUGUGCUAAAACAAAACCUUGAGACGCAAAACGAGAACGCAGUCCAGAACUCUCGCAGUAGAAAUGGGCGUACCAUUCACAACACGGAGACCCUGGAGAACGGGCAGCCAGAGAGCACCCGAGAGCUGUGGAAGGUGAAGGACCGAGCCAUCGAGCUGGAGCGGGAUAAUGCUGCAUUACAGACAGAGAAGAAGCUGAUGAAAGAGCAACUGCGGCAUCUGGAGACCCAGAACCAUUCCCUAAAUAAUCAGUGGGGGGCGCUGCAGAAACAAAUCACUUUCCUGCAAGAAAACAACACGACUCUGCAGACGCAGACUGCAAAUCUGCAGGUCGAGAGCUCAGCGGCUGCUUCCCAAAGUGUUUCCUUAAAAUCCCAGAUCUCCCAGCUGCAGAACCAGCUGUCCACCCUAGAGGGCGAGAAUGAGAAGGUGGUGCGCCAGAGGGAGGAGGCCAAGGCCAGCCAUGAUGCGCUUCUCCGAGACCAUGAUCACCUGGUGUCCCUGUACGAACGCCAGUCUGCGGAGUACGAGGGGCUCAUCGGUCAGCACAGCUGCCUGAAGACGCAGCACAAGAGCCUGGAGCAGACGUACCGCAGCCUGGAGGACAGCUACAACAAUCUGCUGCGCUACAAAGCAGAGCUGGAGGAACAGGACAAAGCCUUAAACUGCGAGAAUGAAGAGCUGCAGCAGGAAAAGAAGAAGAACCUCUUGGCUGCGAGCAAGAACGAGAAGCUACAAGAAGAGCUUGAGAGGCUGAAAUUCCUGCACGGAGAGCUCCAAGAAGAAUAUAACACUUUGCACAAACACACCAAGGAUACGAAGAGCUCGCUGAACAACGCCCAGAUGGAGCUGAACCGAUGGCAGGCUAAGUUUGAUGAGUUAAAGGAGCAGCACCAGAACAUGGACAUCAGUCUCGCCAAGCUGGACAACCGCUGUGAGCUGAUGAGCCGUCUGAAACGUAAUCUAGAGGAGGAGAACCACCACCUGCUCAGCCAGAUCCAGAUGCUGAAUCAGCAGAACCAGAUGUUGCUAGAGUCUAGUAUGGAGAGUAAAGAGCAUUAUUACGAGGAGCAGAAACAGUACAUAGAUAAAUUAAAUGACCUAAGACGACAGAAGGAGAAACUGGAGGAGAAAAUAAUGGACCAGUAUAAAUUUUAUGACCCUGCGCCCAAGAAGAAGAAUCACUGGUCGGGCGCUCGAGCUCUUGCCAAACUCAUUAAACCAAGGAAAGAGGGCUCCAGAGAGAGACCCAAGUCGGUGGGAGAUGUUACCAACCAGACGAUGACGGUGGAGAACCUGGAGAUCGCUGCAUCGCCUUCUUGUACCAGGCCCCUGAGAGUGCAGCCUGAGAAUAUAGAUGACUGUUCUCUGGCGUCUGAUGAGAAAGACGCAGCAAAGUCCUUCACCAGCAAAGUCCUGGUCGAUGUUGGUCCCAAGCAGAAUAGGAUGUCUUAUCAUGGAGGAAGCGGUGAGGAGAUGGAGGGCUCAGAACGGACUUCUCGCUCGAGGAGGAUAGAACCUGGGUCCAGGGCCUUCUCCACUACUGCGAUCCACCUGAGCCCAGCAGGAAGCCUCAGGUCACAGCAGCCAGGUCGACCGAAAGGUUACAAGUCUGAUGAUAACAUCUAUGAGCAGUUACCGGAUCAUGAGCCCGGCCCUGGAGGACUUUGUGUCCCUUGGCCCAACAGCUUGGAGAACAGCAGAAACUCAUCCACCAGCAGCUCACCGCAGACCUCAAAGGGAUCGUCGGGUUUCCCUCUAGGAAGACCAGAGAGUAUGAGCAGUGAUGAUUUUGUCCCCACCAAGGAAGCUGCCACAUUACCCAGAGACAGCUACAUCAGUCGCCCCAGCUCGACCAUACUCAGCUCCAGCACUAAACUGGAAGUCACUUCUAACCAAAACAGCCCGGUGUCCUACAACAACAAUCUUGAGCGGAGACCACCGAGCCGCACCCUGCCAAGGCCACGGUCGGGGUCUCCAGGCAGUGAGAUGGUGACCUUGGAAGAAUUUCUGGAGGAGAGUAAUAAGAAGUCUCCACCCACUGACGCCUCAAGUGGUCGGGAUGAAUUGUUGGGCGAUUAUUUCAAGAAGACAAGUGAGUCUUCUGACUUUGCAGGCCCCUCGGUCCAGGCCAGUUAUAGAGACUUCCAGUCCACACCACCAAACUACGGGAAUCUAUCAGGAGAUGCAGAGCUCAAACCUGGGAGGCCAGGCCAGUCUGUCAAGCCUAACCUGCGACCAAUGGAUCCUGUGACUAACCAAGUGGCUUCUCUCAGACGACCUCAAAUCCAGCAGCCUAUCUCCACAUCUAAGCAAGUCCCAGAGCCUCACACCCGGGGUACCCUGGCCGCUAGGGGCAGCUCCCUGAGCAGGGCUUUUAGCCUGGCCACUGCAGAUCUUCUCAACGCCAAUGCUCCGGACCUGAACCGUAUGGAGAAAGCAGAGUUGGAAACCCCUAUGUUGAAGGACUUCAGUAGUCACAUCCUAAGAACAUCCACUCCCACUGGCUCUCCUCGAGACAGACCGCAAUCUGCCAGGAUAAGCAACCCACCAAAAAGCGAUGAUUUGCGCACACGCUCUCUAGAUACACGCCGCCUGUCAAUGGCCGUCUCCAGAGUAGACAAGACACUACAACCGGCCCUAUCCACCAGCUCCUUACAGCCGCCUUGUACCUCCGCCCAGCUUUCUGGUAGAGGCAGGCCCAACUCUCGCUAUGGAGAAGUAGCCAUGGUUUCACCAGUGAGACCAAUAUCUAGCAUUCCUGAGGUGGAAAGUCAAAUAGGAGUUGUUAACCCUAAACCUCCAGGCAUGUCUUCCGACUGCCACCCCCCGCCAACUGCUGCAGACGACCCUAACAAAACCUCCACGAAAAGUACUCCUGCCUCCCCUGACCCCACAGCUGACCCGCAGACUGUUUGGUAUGAGUAUGGUUGUGUCUGACUAGAGGAAUACAGUGGACUUUCUGGGGUGUGACAUCAGGAUUUAGGAAAAUAGGCAUAAAACACUGAUCUGGACCAGUGUCCUCUGCAGCUGAACCCAGCUAUGUCAGUGAACAUGUCACUACUGCUCAGGCAAAUCAGACCAACCACCUCCUAGUACUUACAAUGGUGCCUGGAAGAUGCACAGGACUCCGAAUGUGCAAUGGUGUCCCUCCCUGUGCUUGCUGUAGUCACCACCUCAUGCGUAAAGGGCAUCUGUCAGCAGUUUUGUACCUAUGACACUGGCUGACCUCUUGCAUGUGCGCUUGGCAGCUGAAGCUAUCUGUGUUGUUCCCAUGUUCAUAUG